UUCAGUUCUUCGCGAAUUCUUGAACUCUCAACAACUAUACCACGGGAUUUAAAGAAAAUGGAUAGUGGCGAAACUGGGAAACAAUAAAGGUGUUGAAGAGGAUAUUUCAUCAAGGAUAAAAAGGGCUUAUAUAAAUUUCCAAGUAACUAAAAAUUACGGUACUUUUAAGACAAGAAGACUUUACUGCUCGCUGAUUAUAUGAGUACAUCAAAAUGUCACAAAAAAAGAGCGGCGAUGAUGACCCCGAAAAGGGUGAACCUAACUACAACAUCUCUAUGGGAGAGGAGUAUAUGCUAAAUGAGAUUGAAAAGAAUUUCAUAUUAGCGGCCGAACGUGGUGACAUACAGGGUGUUAAGAAAAUAAUUGAAGAUAAUAAGGGUCAACCGGAUAAGUUCAAUAUAAACUGCGUGGAUCCGCUCAAUCGCUCAGCGCUCAUUUCUGCCAUUGAGAAUGAGAAUUUCGACUUGAUCAUUGUGCUGCUGGAAUGUGGCAUCGAAGUGGGCGACGCGCUCUUGCAUGCCAUAUCGGAAGAGUACGUCGAAGCCGUGGAGGAAUUACUGCAGUGGGAGGAAACGCAUCACAAAGAGGGCCAACCCUAUAGCUGGGAAUCUGUUGACCGUAAUAAGUCGACAUUCACGCCGGACAUCACGCCAUUAAUAUUGGCAGCGCAUCGCAACAAUUACGAGAUACUGAAAAUUCUAUUGGAUCGUGGUGCAACACUACCGAUGCCGCAUGACGUGAAGUAA